AUGUCAAAGAGUUUUGAGAAGUGAGUUCUUUUUUUAUUUUUCGUCAUUUCGAAAACAAAUUUUUUUCAGUUUCAUCAGUAUGUCUAUGGAAUUAAACCAAAAAUUGGAUAAUAUUUUACUGGAAGUUGUCAAAGUGAAAAUGGAAUUUGGAAGAAUGACCACCAUAUUAUUGCAAGAAAUUAUGAAGGUAAUGCUUAAAAACUAUCAGGCAAACAUUGGGAUAAUUAUUCGAAUUUAAAAUCUGUCAAUUUGCAGGAGAAGGAGGACGAAAGGAAGGAAAAGAAAGAGGAGGAAAAUGAAGAAGAGAAGAAGGAAGAAGAGAAAAAAGAGGAUGAGAAAAAAGAGGAAGAGAAAAAAGAUGAGGAAAAGAAAGAAGAGAGCAAGAAAGAAAGCAAAAAAGAGAAGAAGGAAGAGAAAAAGGAAGAGAAAGAUGAAGAGAAAGAAGAGGAAGAAAAAAAAGAGAAUUUGAAAGAAGAGGAUGAGAAAAAAGAUGAGGAAAAGAAAGAAGAGGAAAAGAAAGACGAAAAUGAUGAGAAUAUUCAGAUUGAGAAGAAAAAUGACAGUGUAAGUUGACAUGAAAAAAAUUGAGAUAAUUAUCUUUCUUAUAUAUUAACUCUUGAAGUUUUUUUAAAGGGGGUACUGGAUAAUUAAAAGUUUAUAUCAUAUGUUAUAUCAUUAGAUGGAGAAAGAUUUUUUAUGUGUGCUCCAAAAUUUUCAGAUUUUUAAAUAACGUUUUAGUAUCCUUUUUUCACGUAGAAGUGCAAAACACUUUAGUCCGAGAACGCUCUUUACAAGAUUCACAAUUUCAUCUGAAUAUCUUUUCUAUAGUAGUAAACCUAGGAUUUAGCUAGAUGAAUGUAAUUAGGUGAACCAGUAAGAAAUCGCGUUUAGAGAGCAAUUGGCGAGAGUGAAAGAGACGCAGAGAAAAUACCUGAUCCUAAGCGGAAACGGCAGCCACGUAGUUCAUGCUUUUAAUUGCACUGAUUCUGACCAAAAAUUGACCAAAUUUCGACCAAUUUUCGUUUUUGGCCAAAACUUGAUAAAUUUUUGGUCAAGUUAGCUUUAUUGAAUAUAGGGAUGUAUCUAGAAAAAACUUAACAGAAAGAAAACGUGUUUUUUUUUUCAAUAAUUUGUGAACUUGCAGAUUUCUGAUGAUGAAUCAACCGUUUCACCGGCAAGUUCUGAAGCGAUGUCACCUACUUUUGUGAGAACUGUAAGUCCACCUAUUUAUUAUGAAGGGAAAAAAUGUUUAAAAAAUAAAAAAAUAAUACUAGGGAAAGAUGAAGUGAGAGCUCAUCAUUCCAUCCCAGUUUGAUGAUUUUUUUCUUAAAAAAAAAGAGGGGGGAAGAAAAAAUUUUAUUUGCUCAAAAUAUCGGGCCCAUUUUGAAUAGAAAAAGCCUCGCCUCAGGCGAUUUUUUCUUGAAUGGCCUAAAACGAUUCGAAAAAGAUACUUCAUGAAUUGUUUCCAAAUAUACGUGGUCAAAUAAUUAGAUUUUUUUAAUGUUAUUUGUUCCAAAAAAAAAAUUGAAAGUUUUGCUAUUUUUGGGAAGCCUUUAACUGGUGUUAUCCCCCCUCUCCCACUUUAAGCUGUGCGGUCGAUUUGAGCAUCUAAUUUUCCCUUCGAUCUAAUAAACAGAACAAAUUUUUACAAGUUUUUAAGGUGAAACACUAAAAACUAAAACAAUUUCAGCAGUAUUCAAAUCAAGUAUCGAACAACACCGUAAAUUCGACAUUAUUUGGCAUAGAGACCAUUGAAAGCAGAACGGUGAGAGUAAGUUCCAGAUCAAACGUUUUACAAAAUCAAAAAACCACUUUCAAAUCUAUUCUGAAUUAUUUAUACCAUAUCCCCAAAAAAAAUUCCAGAAACUUAUGUUUUCAAAAGUUCUGGUACUCCAAAAAUGCGAAAAAAAAAACAUUUUUGGAGCAGCAGGGUUGCUAAAUCGAAAGAUAAGAAUCGUUGAGGUUAUAAUAAAUUGUGUAUAUUACAGAAUGUUUCGUCUUUGAUGGGAAGUUAUCGGUUUGGAAUGACAUCAAUCGGAUUGUCCACAAGAAAAGUAAGAUUGAAUGACAAGGAUGAUGCGAUCGAAAAUGUUGAGAGGAAAGAGGAGAAGAAGGAAGAGGAAAAGAAGGAAGAAACAGAGGAGGAGAAAAAUCUGAAGGAAAUGAAAGAGGAGGAAAAGAAGGAAGAGGAAAAGGAGAAUAAAAAAGAGGAGGAGAAAGAAAAUUGCGAGGAAAUCGAUGAGAAUAUUGAGAUUGAGAAGAAAAAAGGCGGUGUAAGUUGACAUGAAAUAAAUUGAGAUAAUUAUCUUAUAUAUUAACUCUUGAGGUUUUUUAAACUUGAAAACAUACCUCAGCCAACGCGUUGUGUGCCGGGGAAACAUUUUGAGAAAAAAAUAACAAAAAUUUAGUUUCUUAGAGUUUCAAAAUUCAUGAAAAUUUUUUGAAUUCCAAAUUUUUUUUUUGAAUUCUAAAAUUUCACUAUUUUUGAAUUCCAAAUUUUUAAAAUCAAGUGUUCAGCUGAAGUGUGUUAAACGGACAAAAAAAAUAAAAAAAGAAGACGCUUUUUACAAGUUUCAUAUUGAGAUUAUUAUUUGAAUUUUAAAUUUGAAAAUUUGCAGGAAAAGGAUGAAGACAAGAAGGAUAAGAAGAUGGAAGAGAAAGACGAAAAGGAAGAUGAGGAAGAUGAAAAGAAAAAAAUUAGUCGUUUAUUAAAUGAAUUCUUGAUUGGAAAAGAAGAGUUGGGCAAAGAAGAGUUGGAAAAGUUGGACAGAAUAGUAGCAAUUCAGUUGGUGAGUAAACAAUCUACUUAUGAGAGCAGUCUUAUUUAAAAAAUUUGCGUUAGAGACUGCUCUUAUAUCAGGCUUCUCUUCUAUCAUUUUUUAAUGUUUUUUUUUUCAAGAUCACCGAACUGAGAAAAGUUUUGAUGACGGAAAAUGUCAAUUUGGAAAAGUGCUUGGCAAUUACUGGUAUUGAUUCUAAGAAGUUGUGGAUUUUAAAGAUGGCAUCUCUUCCUCUAAAAAUUCACGAUUUGUUUAUUUCUGUUUUGAGAUCAGUUAAGCGCGGAAAUGGAUAUAGUUUGAGCAAGGAAAUCAUGAAAUAUAUGGCAGUCAAGCAAGAAAAGAAGCUCGAAUGGUCUCUUCAAGUUUUCCUGGAUAGGAGACAAACCGCGUUUGUGGCUCUUAAUUCAGUGAGUUUGAACUAAAAAAAAAUCAUAAAACAUAAAAAAAGACUCAUCUCUGGUUUCAGAUCUUUGUUGAAUUUGAUGACGAGAAAAAGAAUGAGACGAAAGCCGAUGACAAGACGGAUAAUAUGAAAUAUGAUAAUAAGAAGGAUGAGUAA